AUGCAGUCCAAGAUCAGCUUCUUGGCCUUGGCCCUUGCUAAUCUUGCUGUUGCUGGCCCCUGCAAGCCCAGUCGUCCAACCACAUUGAGCAGUGACUCUCUUACAACGUCUGUUUCGACCGCCGAUAUUUCCGAAAGCUCGACGGAUGUUCCGAACAGCGAAACAACAAUCGAUACCCUUUCAGUCGCAUCAUCUAUCGCGACUACGGAGACCAAUGAUUCCACCGAUGUUUCUAAAAGUGACACCAUCGUCAACAGCGACACUGUCACUACUUCGGCUCCAACCAGCGACGUCCCAAGUUUGACUCCUACUGUCCCCCAAUCAUCGACAACAACUGAAGAAGAAGUCAUCAUCAUCACUAACUCUCUCGCAGGAGGUUCUUUUGCUAGCCGUGAUCCUGACAGCCCAAGCGGUCUCAAAGACUUUGGUGCAACCGGAAACGCCGAAUUUCAUUCGGGAGGAUGCAAUAAAGGAGACAAUAGUCCUGACGAUGGUUGCGCUUCAUUGACUGCUGGUGAAAGCCCGGAUGGCAAGAGAAGCUUUUUUGGUAGACUCGCAAGUAUCUACCAGGUUAUCAAGGCAGCACCACGCAGGAAGUACACCAUUCAGUUUCUAUACCUUGUCACCUCAACCGGCGGUUCUCAGGACUGUGUUGUGAGUGCGACAUUUGGUAACAGAAAGUUCUUUUCUUUAUCUGCUACUAGUGCUGGAGGUACAACAGUCAAUUGGGCUAGAGUGCUUCAGCAGGUCGAGACUAUCGGCCAGGACCCUACCUUUGAUAUCUCUUUGGAAUGUUCUGGUCCUGGUUAUUCGUCCAUCUUGGUUGACUCAAUCUUCAUCUCGGAUAAAGUUACUCCUGAGACUAUUGGUAACUACCAUCUUGAGUUUGAUUCGUAUACCGAACCAGAGCUUACUACUACAUCGUACCAACCGACCAGUCAAAGCACAAGUUCUGUGGAUGCUACAUCUGCACCUGAUAUCACGACCACUGCAUCUCAUACCACAGCAUCUGAUACUAGUGUCCUCACGCAGCCCACCUCUCAAGCUGAUAAAACGACAACGACUUCUGAAGCCACUACAACGUCCAAGUGCACAGUAGAGUGCGAUCUUGUCAAUGACUUCCAGAACAAUGACAUGUGCGACCUCGUCGGCGUCUUCGUCAAAACCGAUGCCAUCUAUGGGUUCCCCGGUGACGACAACUCUGCGACCCAGCACCGCUCUAAGUCCAUCACAGAGUGUGCUGAUUUCUGCAAGAAAGAUAUGCCAGGUUGUAAGUCAGUUGGUUUCCAGAAACUAUCUGGUAGAUGUUUCUUCUCCAACACCAUUGUUACUCGAGAUGAUAUACGCGAUGGGCGUGACAGUCAGAUGGCUGAUUGGUACAACAUCGAUGGAUGCUUUACUUGUCGUGCCAGUGGCUGCGAGUCUGGCACGUCUGCACCCGAGAUCCCUUCCACUACUCAAGUUUCAGUGGUUUCUCACACCACCACAACCACUAAGCCCACGCAAUCUGUCUGCAAGCCCACAUGUGAAAGGAUCCAAGACCUGUCUGAACAUGAGGACUGGAACUGUGGUGGUCUCUACGGUCAUGCUAGCGAUGGUGUUUACACCCUACCUGGUGACGAAGAGCCCAGCUGGAGCAAUCACCGCUUCGACAACGUGGCUGAAUGUGCCGAGGUUUGCAGGACUUUGCCUGGCUGCAUUUAUGUUGGAUACCAAUUUGCUUCUCAAAGGUGUUUCUUCUCCAACAGCGAGAUUACCGAAGUGGAAGAAGCAGAUGACAGUGAGUCCGCUUAUUGGAACGAGUUGAAGUGUUUUGCUUGUUCAGGUUGCGGGCUGGGUGAGAGUUCCAAAACUCAGGCCCCUACACUUCAAUCAUCUACAUCAGAGACUCGCACGAGUUUGAUCACCACUACUAAAGCCACCCAACCAACCGGUGCUUGCCAUAACAACCACGGCGAAGUGUGCGAGAUCAGCUCAUCCGGUGUCGCAAAUACUCCUUACGUCUGCAUCACAGGCGGUAUCUUCUCGGGUCCAAGCUGGACAGAGCCUCGUUCCAAAUAUCCCAUGCAGGAAAGCCCGGAACAAUGCGCAGCCAUCUGCGACACCCUUGAAGAUUGUGAAACCUCCGCAUUCUGGGGCUCCGAAAACCACUGUAUCUUUACAUCAACAAAGAUAACAGCCUCUGAUCUUCAGGAGCCCGAUCCAAGCUAUGAUGAUCCCAGCUUCGACCCCAAAAGCGCCGGUUGGAGUCAUAAAUCCUGCUGGACGUGCCCAGCUUGCGUCCCCAAUAACAGUCCUCUUCCCAAGAGUCCCACGUGCAACUACAAGCAAGGCGACGUAUGCACACGUUCGACCACUGCGACCGGCGUUUGCAACACUUCAGGAUGGUUGUCAACCGGAUAUCACGGUAUGAGUUCUGAGUGGUACCCUGAUCAAAGCUCGGCUGCGAAGUGCGCUGCUAUUUGCCGGGCGAACAGUCGGUGCAUUGGAUCUAGUUACAUAAACGGUCAAUGUUACACUGCUGAUAAUGCUCUUACUCCAGAGGCAAUUGUCACUAGACCGAAUAUUAACCAUGUUUGGGAUGAGCCGUCUUGCUGGGAUUGUCCCGGUUGUCAUACUUAG